AUGUCCGAUUCUCAGUAUUACAAACAAGCCUCUGAAAUAUACCAAGAUUUAAGGGAAGAUGCCGAGCAGGAUGCAGACAAUAUAGAAGUAUGGGAUAAAAGAAUUGAUAACACUGGAUGUUAUGUUGAAAACAUGGCAUUGCAAUUAUGCCAUGCUGAAACUAAUGACUGGAGACAAUGUUUAAAUGAAAUGAAGUUAUUCAAAGAUUGUUGGGAAAGUCAUGGUAACAGAGAACGUAUUGGUACGGUUGAUAAAAACCAAACUGAUAUAAAAAACUGA